AUGUCUGUCGAAGGACUUCUAUUUGGACGAUCCACCAUCAACCUGUCUGAUCAACAUCCCAAUGCAAGUCGCAUCUUCUGGCUCUGGUCGACCUACCUCGAGAAUGUCAAUCCCGCAGUCAAGAUGCUACAUAUCCCCACAGUGCAGCCCCUGAUAUUGAACGCGGCCUCAGAUCCCAAGAAGCAGAUAUCCGCACCCAAACAAGCUCUCUGUUUUUCGAUAUAUCUAAUUGCUAUUGGUUCUGUACCUCAAUGUAACCAUGCUGAGGCCGAGAGGAUAAUGGAUCAACCAGUCAAUGAAUUGAUCGACUUGUACACUGGGUUGGCUCAACAAGCCCUGGUCAAUGCACGCUUUCUGCAAGCACCUAGUUUCAUCACACUUCAAGCCUUGACCCUCUUUCUGGUCGCACAACGAGCAAGGCUUGACUCUCAAACGCUAUGGCAGUUGACCGGAGUGGCAAUUCGUAGCGCUCAGCAGCUGGGCUACCAUCGGGAGAAGGCGCUCAGAAGCCCGUCUGUAUCUGUGUUCCAAGCAGAGUUGCGUCGACGCUUAUGGUGGGAGUUGACACUUCUGGAAAGUUUUGCUGCUAAGCAAUGCGGCGUUACUUCUAUGCUUUACUCCCGGUCGGCUUGGGAUACUAAUCGACCCUUGAACGUCAACGACUCAGACCUCCAUCCUGAGAUGAACCAGAUUCUUGAAGUACGCGGCAUCACCGAGAUGAGCUUUUGUAGCGCCCGAUUUGAGAUUGGUGAGCUCACGAUGGCCUACACCAGUCCGGACUGGCAGUCGUCACAAGACAUGAGUCAGGCAGACGCUGCCAUCCAGAAAUUACAGCAGCGUCUUGAAGACAGACUUUUGAAGUAUUGCGAUCCUUCCAUACCCAUGCACAGAAUGUUGCAGAUGUUUGGCAGAGGCGCCCUUGCGCGUAUCAGGUUAACUCUUCGACGACAUCAAAUGUUUGCCAAGUCUGGUCUAUCUCUAGAGCAACGAGAUUGUACUUUCCUGCUCUGCCUGCAGCUGGCUGAGGCACCGAACAGAUUUGCGAAAGACCCGACAAUACAAAAGUUCCUCUGGCAGGCCAAUGCAUUUUUUCCUUUGGACGCUUUCAUGUUUCUGCUGGGAGAGAUAGCUUACCGGACUAUCGGACAACCUCUUCCAGCGCCAGUUGAGACCGUGUGGGCAGAGGUAGAGAAGGCUUACGAGUCUCAACCGCGCCUCAUGCGCGACGAAAGCAAUGCCAUCUAUAGUGCAGUCAGGAAUCUCACUCUCAAGGCUUGGGAAAAGUCCACAAGUGAUCGAAAUGUUGAGCAGCUUGUACCUCACUUCAUACGAAUGCUUCAGUCAAAACUACCGAGCAACAAGGCUGUAGAAAAAGCGGCUCAGACGGCAUGCGAACCCAUAAUCUCUCCUGAUAACAUGGCAACGAAUACUUUCGAUGGAAGCGAGUUCGAUUUUGAUCUUGACAGUCUGGAUUCGAGUUGGAGCAAGAUCGCUAUCCCGGACGAUCCUGAGUUCUGGGAGUACUGGCAGCAAUUCACUACGGACGUGCCGGGGCUCCCUAUCGUUUGA